UCAAUGGUUGGCUUUCGAAGAGGCCCGAAUGGAAGGCGAUGUGGGGGAGAGACCAUUUCUUGGUUGCAGGGAGGAUUUCAUGGGAUUUCAAGGCCUUCGCUCGGGUCAAACUCAAACUCAGCCGAGCCGAUCGAAGCCGAUUCAUGAUGGAUGGAUCGUGGACUGCAGCUGUGAUGCGGCGAAUUCACGAGCGCGUAGUUGGAUCCAGCCGUACUGCUGCUAUCUCCUCCACCAGUCAUGUGUGGCUUCUCGGCGUUUGCUAUAAGUUCGAUGAGUCCGAGUCCGCUCCACUUGCAUUCGAACACGAUUUCUCGUCGAGAAUCUUGAUGACGUAUCGAAGAGGAUUCGAUUCGAUUGAGGGUGGGGAUUCCAAGUGUUUUAGCAGCGAUGUGAAUUGGGGGUGUAUGAUUCGGAGCAGUCAGAUGCUUGUGGCUCAGGCAUUGCUUUUCCACAGGUUGGGAAGGUCUUGGAGGCUGCCUAUCGACAAGUCUUGCGGCUUGGAUCAAGAGUAUGUUGAGAUCUUGCGUCAAUUUGGUGAUUCCGAAGCUGCGGCUUUCUCCAUCCACAAUCUGAUUGAGGCUGGCAAGGCUUAUAACCUUGCUGCCGGUUCCUGGGUUGGCCCUUAUGCUAUGUGCCGCUCGUGUUCUCCGGUGGUUGCAGAGGAAGAGAAGAAGAAGAGUGGUCGAGGGAGAGAGAGGUCAGGGGAGAGAGAGAAGGAGGGAGAGAGAAAAUAUAAAAAAAAGGGGAGAAAAAUUAAAAAAAUAGAGAAAAAAUUAAAAUAAUAAUAAAAAUAGGAAA